GUGGUGGGAGUCCGCCGUGCGCGCGGGCGCAGGCGCGCUCCUGCCGCUGCUGGUGUUUUCGACAAGAUGGCGUCCAGCGGUGCAGUGAGGAACGGGAACCUUCCUCAGCCGCAGCCGCACAAAACCGGGCCGGCCAGGAUUGGCUACUACGAGAUCGAGAGGACCAUCGGCAAGGGAAACUUCGCGGUGGUCAAGCUGGCCACUCACAUCGUCACCAAGGCCAAAGUUGCUAUAAAGAUAGUAGACAAAACACAGCUAGAGGAGGAAAACCUGAAAAAGAUCUUCAGAGAAGUUCAAAUCAUGAAAAUGCUCCGGCACCCCCAUAUUAUUAGGUUGUACCAGGUUAUGGAGACAGAAAGAAUGAUUUAUUUGGUGACGGAGUAUGCAAGUGGUGGGGAGAUAUUUGAUCAUCUUGUAGCCCAUGGACGAAUGGCAGAGAAAGAAGCCCGAAAGAAAUUCAAACAGAUUGUUGCAGCGGUCCAUUUUUGCCACUGUCGAAACAUUGUACAUCGAGACCUGAAAGCUGAAAACUUGCUCCUAGAUGCUAAUCUUAACAUAAAGAUAGCAGACUUUGGAUUCAGUAACAUCUUUACUCCAGGACAAUUACUUAAAACGUGGUGUGGAAGUCCACCAUAUGCAGCUCCUGAGUUGUUUGAAGGAAAAGAAUAUGAUGGUCCCAAAGUAGAUAUUUGGAGUUUGGGCGUGGUCCUGUAUGUGCUGGUGUGUGGGGCCUUACCAUUUGAUGGCAGCACACUGCAGAACCUGCGAGCCAGGGUACUGAGCGGGAAAUUCCGCAUUCCAUUCUUUAUGUCAACAGAAUGUGAGCACUUGAUUCGACAUAUGCUUGUGCUAGAUCCAAGCAAACGCUUAUCUGUGGAACAGAUCUGCAAACAUAAAUGGAUGAAGAUAGGAGAUCCUGAUCCGGAAUUUGAUAGGUUAAUAUCAGAAUCUAAACAAAUCAAAGUGGAAAUCAAGACAGAACCACUGAAUGAGCAGGUACUCAUGUACAUGACAGAGUUGGGUUUGGAAAGAGAACGCACACUACAGUCAUUGAAGACAGAUGGCUAUGAUCAUUUUGGUGCAAUUUACAGUCUGCUAUGUGACAAGCUAAAACGACACAAGACAUUGCGGAUCUCGGCACCUCCUAGUGUACCUCGCACUAUGCCCUUCCAGUCACCUGCAAAUGUCCAGGCUGAGCAAACAGGUAACACACUGAGUCUAAAUGUGCCACAAGUGCAGCUCAUCAACCCAGAGAACCAAAUAGUGCAGACUGAUGGCAAUAUGAAUCUAGAUAGUGAUGAAGGUGAAGAACCAUCACCAGAGGCACUGGCACGAUACCUAUCCAUGAGGAGACAUACUGUUGGCGUUGCUGACCCCAGAACUGAAGUUACAGAAGAUCUGCAGAAAUACCACCUACCUGGUUUUCCACGUGUCAUGCCUCAGGCUCCCUUCCUUCAAAUUGUUCCAAAUGUUAAUCUAAUGCAGAACAUGCUACCUACGCAGAAUCUGCAGCCAGCCACACAGUUGGAGUACAAGGAACAAUCUUUGCUUCAGCCUCCAACUCUACAGUUGUUAAAUGGUAUGGGACCGCUCGGUCGCCGUGCUUCCGAUGGCGGAGCCAACAUUCAAUUACAUGCUCAACAGUUACUAAAACGUCCAAGAGGUCCUUCACCAUUAGUCACCAUGAAUCCACACGCUGUGCCAGUUGUCACACCAGUAGAUGAGGAGAGCUCAGAUGGAGAGCCAGACCAGGAAGCUGUGCAGAGGUAUCUGGCUAACAGGUCUAAACGCCAUACCCUUGCAAUGACCAACCCUACAGCUGAGGUCCCCCUAGAUUUGCAGAGGCAGCUGGGACAGCAACAGGCAAUCCGCUCACGGGCCUGGGUUCCUCACCCUGAGCAGCACAGCCGUGUUUGCUACAAAGACCCCAAUACCUUGCACCUUCCGACAGAAAGGUUCUCUCCAGUUCGCCGUUUCUCAGAUGGUGCUGCUAGCAUCCAAGCAUUCAAAGCCCAUUUGGAGAAAAUGGAGAAAAGCACAACCACCAACAGUAGUAUAAAACAACUACAGCAGGAAUGUGAACAUUUGCAAAAGAUGUAUGGAAAUGCCAUGGAUGAAAAAAUAUUUGAGAAGACACAGCAACAACACAUACUUUACCAACAAGAGCAACAAAUUCUACACCAACAAAUUCAGGAAUGUAUUCGACCAGCUCAACCUUCACCUCCAUUAUCAACUGCAUCAUUGGUACAGCAUGUGGAAAACCAACCAGCAUUCAUUACCCACCAGCUGCAAAGGUUACAAAUUCAGCAUGAACAAUCGAGUCCUCCUCCCAACCAUCCCAACAAUCAUCUCUUCAGCAAAUCUAAUAAUAGUCCUCCUCCUGGCACCGCGGCCAUCAUGCAAUCCAGCAGUUGUGUGUCUUCUCCAUCUCAGUUUCAAGGCUUAACAUCCCAGCAUGCUUUGUUCCAGCAGCCAAGCAAUAGCCCCCCACCCCCAAACAUUAAUCUGCCUCGAAUGAAUUUACAACCUGGGUUGUCUCAGCAAUCACAAACGCAGCAAGUUACAAUCCAAGUCCAAGAGCCAACAGACAUGCUCAGCAAUAACUUGCUACAAAGUGCUGGGCAGACGUUGCACGCCACACACCCCCGUGGAAUUAUCAGUCCAAGCAAUCAUCUUCCUCUACAACAGAGAGGGUUGCACAUGCCAUCUCUUGGGCUUGGACAACACAGAGCCUUAGCAAAACAACUGAGUGCUGACAGUGCAGAGACAAGCAGUCGACCUAUCAGUCGAUUCUCACCUUUGAGUUACGAUCAGCCGCACUUGCACCCUCAUCUUUUCCAGGAGCAGUUUCGGUGUGGAACCAACAACUUCAACCAAGCAGCAGCGUUUUCCCAACCCAUGAAAAUUGCACAGAUGGACCCACUUUUAAACUAUAACAAUAUGGCUGGUAAAGCUCUCCUGCAGCAUGAGCAGCAGCAGCAGGAUCUCACAGCUUCAUCACUACAUCAGGCAUUGCUUUCUCCAACGCCAUCUGAUUACACAAGACACCAACAAGUUUCACAGCAGUAUGGCCAUAUGAUCCAAGGUUUACUGUCACCCAGGCAUUCAUUGACAGGGCAACAGGAUCUGCGCUUACCUCAUAUCGAGACGGCACAUUUCUUAAAACAUCACCAGCGGCAGCAACAACAACAGCAGCAGCAGGAAUAUGACUUGCUGAGGCACAUGAACCAAGGGGUGGCAGAUGCUGGGAGCAUGACUGCCAACCUAUGUGGGCAGCAACAGACUUUAUCAGAUCACCAAGCAUUAAAUAUGCCUUAUCAAAGUACAGAAACGUAUCAUCAGCACCAUCGUUUAUUACAGGUCAGAGGCCAAGAGCAUAUUCCACAACCCCCUUCAUCAUCCCAAGGACACAGUUUUGUACACCAUCCUCCGUUGAUGCAUUCGGAGAGUAUGGAAGAGGACUGUGUAAGCGAAGGGAAUAGGGAGGGGUAUCAGGACAAUACAGACUGCACUGACACAUCCACCAAAGCCUGCCAAGAGAAUCCAGUACUGCUUAAUGCUAUUAGAUGUAGGGAUGCAGAGACACUACUAAUAAAUAUGAAUCAUGUGCAUGAGAUGACACAGCCUUACAGUCAUCAGCCAGGCCCUGGCUUUGCCAGAAGCAAAGUGCCAAGCAGAGAAUCUAUGUCUGGUGAUCGAAUGGAUGGAAGAAGAGCUCCCAUGCAGCCCAUGGAGGUAAAUGAUCACAAUGGAGUUGGUUACACAACGAGACAGUCAACUAGAACCCUCCAGCGACAUCACACCAUUCAGACAAGUGAUGAUGCUUAUGAUCAGGCAGAGCCCUCAGGGAUGAGUUUAUUAGCUGGAAAGGUGCUUAGCUCUGCCCGUAUGUCAGAUGUUGUCCUUAGCCAUUCAUCACUUACGGGGAGCCAACAGCUACAGACAGGAGGGAAUGAUGGAGUUAAUACAUCACUGAGAUUGGCUAGUGUUGACAGUAAUGUCCAUAUACAUCAGAAGAUGUAUAACCUGAUGGAAUGCAGAAAAGGAACAAAAUCAGAAUGUGAUGAAAGUUCACAGAGUUCUGCUGAUCCAAACACAGGAGAGGGUUCACAACAUUCAAACAGUUCCUGCUACUCCACCAAAUGCAUCACUGAGAUACUGAAAGAACUGAAUCCACCAUUUGACAACAAACUUCUCACCUACAAACACCCUGACCUGGCGUUUGGAAUGGAGCAAGCUGGAGUGUAGUGGAUACAGAGGUGAUCUACAAUGCUGCUGUUCUAAGGGGAAUAUGAGUGAGUUCAGCUUUGAGGUGAAAGGUCCAUUUUGCCGACAGUAUCUAGCAGCAACAUGCCAAAACUUCAUUGUAUUUCUUUCCAGCACAAUAUCGUGACUUGUUCACUGUCAGUUGAGGGGUUGCGCUACUUGCCACACCUGCCAGUACCAGUCAUGAGAAGAAGAGAAGACUGAAGUUUUCAAAAUUGCAAAAAGAGAAAAUGAAAACAGCCAUGAGUCCCCACCAACCUGACAUCCCAGGCAUCUUCAUUUGUGAAGCCCUCUCCCCUCCCCCUUCCCCCUCCGGCCUUACUUGCAGAAACAGAGCCCUCCAAACCCUGUGAUGUCACUUUAUCCAGGGAGAGUAACUGAGCAGUGCAGCAUGUGCCCUGAGGUGGAAUUUACUCUGUGAGCAAUAAGACUGCUUGCUGUCCCUCUGGUACUCCUUCAUUUUUGAUUUUUGCCUAACAGUGGUGCAAUAUGCUUUGUUUUCCUAAAUUUCUUUUCCAGUGUUUGUUGUUGUGCUUUCUUUUUCUUCUUAAUUUCUGCGUCAUUUACCAAAAAAAGUAUAUGGCCAUUUUAAAAAGACACGUUAGAUUUUAUGUAUUUUAUUUCCCAUUCACAUAGAUCUUGUUAUGUUACCUUAAGAUCUCAAUUAAAUGAACCGUGUUAAAAAAUAAAUUGUCAAAAUGGAUGAUUUUGUUAUAUUUGAAUUGUAACUUGCACCUUUGUUGAAGUAUUUUUCCCUUUUUAUGGCAUUGUAAUGUGACGACUUUCCUUGUGCCAGGUGAAAUUUGUUAAUGUUAACCCUUUGAAAUUUCACAUUGUGUAUUAUGUUUCUAUGUCAUGUCAUUUUUUUAUAUGUAUUAAAACACCCAGAACCUGCCCAAAGACCAGGUUUUUGGGAUUCUUUCUGAACUCUAAAAUUGAUCAGAAAAUGAAAUUUAAGUUGAAAGAUUUAGCUGCUUCAAAGAGAAGAAGAAGCAGAACUUCAAAAGGAAUUUGCACGAGUGGAAAGAAAGACUACAAACUAAGCCAGUCAAGCAGUGUUUAACUGUGAUUUUAAUAAUCAUGGUUUUAAAAAAAUAACAAUAAAAGUAGCUCUGGACAGAGAAUUUUUAGACCGGAUGAAAAUUUAAACAUCACCCAUUUAUCUGCUUCUCAACUACAAAUCUGUCCAACUUCUGUCAUUUGUACAUUUUUGUUCCAUUUAUUUGAUGAAAAAAAAUCAAAAACUUGAUAUUCAGCUGUUUAGCGGGAAGGUACCAAGAAAACACUGAAAGCUUUUAUUGUAUGUAUCUUUUCUUUGUUUACAUGACACUGUAUUUAUGGGAGAGUCAACUGCCAAUUUAAGGAAAAAAAGAACUGAAAUGCAGUGCCAUCUCUCAUCUGUAACACAUUUUUAAUGUUGCUUUGUAUUGUAGUAAUCAAUACGCAGUAUAUGUUGAAUGUAUAUUAAUAUACUUUGCUAUUUCUGUUUCGGAAAUGUUGAAAAGUAUUUUUUCUUGUUUAUGUUGGACAAAAGGUUCAGUGAUCUAGUACAUUGUGUGGGUCACUUGCAACUAGUAAUUUAGUUGGAAAGUGGGAUCAUGACAAAUAAAACUAUGUAAUUUGAUCUGAAAAAUGUUACUUAUUAAUGUAAAUGGUUUUUCCUAA